GUUGACAUUAUGUUUGUGUAGGAUGAUGAUGAUGAUGACGAAUCAGAGGAACUGCUUGUGAACGGCCAUCAGGGGCGGGGCGAUGACCCGGAUGGGCAUGGCCCUCUGGAGCCCCUCCCUAAGGAGGAGCGAGUGUCACGGCUGAUGGAAGAAGACCCCGCCUUCCGGAGGGGCCGCCUGCGCUGGCUCAAGCAGGAGCAGAUGCGUCUGCACAACCUGCAGCAGCAGCAGAUCACCAAGCUGCUGCGCAGAGGGGGCGGAGCCGGAGGCGGGGCCGGGGCCGGGGAGGGCGUGGUCCACCUUCCUGGAACGGGACGCUUCAUUCCCCCUCAGGACUGCAAGCUGAAAUUCCCCUUUAAGAGCAACCCACAGCACCGGCUCUCCUGGGGCCCGAAUGCAUCCGUCACUCUGGACGAUCUCAAGGAUGAGCGCAACGAGGGACGAGGCCCCGUCCCCGGCAUGCCGUUACUUCCUCUACCGUUCCAAGUGCCGGUCGUCAUGCGCGCGCCCUCCCCCAGUCGCCCAUGGCAACCUCCCCAAUACGGCAACGGAAACUAUGGCAACGGCAAUCCGUUUCCUCAGCAACAGUGGCGCUACAGGCGCAACUCACUGGACGGCUCCACCGUGCCUGGCAACCAGGGUUACUAUAGCAACGGGCACCACAACAAUAGCGGCGCGCAGCAUUCGGGACGCGGUCACUAUCGGCGACAGUCGCCGGGUCCUUGCGCGCGCGGGGAGGGGGCGUACGCACAACCGUACAUCAAUCAUCAGUGGCCUGCUUUCCAGGCUCUACCGCACACGCUUUCCGAUCAACAGCGCGGCAGAAACCAAAAACCACAUGGCUACAUCACGCCGCCGCGCAUGAGACGGCAGUACAGCGCCCCCGACCUGAAGAGCAAAGAAACGCCCGUCUGAUGUGUGCGCGAGUCCGUCGUUUUACUGUCCUUCACUUACGAUGUCAUGAAAUACAAGCCGUGUUGUUUUGAUGGGUUAGUUAACAGUCUCGUGUAGCCAGACUAUCAGCAGAGAGUUCAUUCUGGCCAAGAACCGCCCACUUUUGACAGGAAGAGAGUGUUUGAGUGACAGUUAAGACCUGUUCGCGACGAGAGAGAGAACUAUGAUGAUGAAGGUUUAAUAUUCGCUCUUAAGGUGAGCGCACAUUUACUGUAGUUCUGCACAUUUUUGCAGGCGAAAUGAAGUCGUUUUAAUAGGAAUCUACGCGAUUGGGAAUUUCGCAUGAGAGCGAAAGAUUUCGCAACUGGUUCAAGUUGGUCUUGCUGCGUUGACCAACAAAAACUUGGGAUUGAAAGUGAUUUCUUGGAUUGUAAGAGACAAUGAUCAUUUUUUUCGUUUGCGAAAUUUUGCCAAAAAUUUGCAGAUGUGACCUUGCUUUAAACAGUGUUUUAUGUAUCAGUACACUUUUGAUUAUGGACAAAAUACUUUUUUAGUUUGUUACAUUUUGAAUAUGUUUUGCUAAUGUAACCAUCACUUAAUUAGAACUCCACAUCACAACUAUAACGAUUAGUUCCGCACAUUUUUGCAGGUGAAAUCAAGUCGUUUUAAUAGGAAUCUACGCGAUUGAGAAUUUUUCGCGGAAGAUUUCCCCACGCAGAUUUCACAACUGGUUCAAGUUGGUCUCGCAAAUUUGCUGCAUUGACCAACAAAAAGCUGCUUGGAUUGAAAGUGAUUUCUUGGUUUG